AGAUUCUAUUCGGGAACGGGUACUGCUCGCGCUACCGUUCGAAACCGAUUCUUGCCGUUCCCUCGCGGAAAGGUGACCGACCACACGAUUUUUCGUCUAGUAAUUUCGUUGUUUCGUUCGAUAAUACGUCCUUCGAAGAUCAAUCGAGGUUCGAGUUCCUCGCGAGAACAAGUAUCUUUCCUUUGUUCCGCGGAAGGUAAAGAUUCUUUGUCCGUCAAGAUGCCCACUUGCUCGUGUGAGAACCGACUCGUAGACGAUGGAGAGAACCACGUGUGCCAACUGAAGCUUCCCGAAAAUAGUCUAUACGAGGAUGAGACCCAGGUGCACGAUGAAUCCGUUAGAUACAGAGAUGGAUCUGUGCGACUUCGAAAUCCAAACAUCGAGCUCAUGGAUCAAGACAUACUGUAUCAUCUCGCUCUAGGUAGCGGUUCCCACGAUCUCGUGGAGAUGUUCGGUGACGUCAAGUUCGUGUGCAUGGGUGGAACACCAAAACGCAUGGAGCAAUUCGCUAAUUACAUAAUGAAGGAAAUAGGUCACAAGCUUCCAGCUGGAACGACGCUACUCGACAUUAGCCAGUAUUCGUACCGGUACUCCAUGUAUAAGGUCGGACCGGUGCUUUCCAUUAGUCAUGGAAUGGGCAUUCCAUCGGUUGGAAUUCUCCUCCACGAGAUCAUCAAACUGAUGUACCACGCGAAGGUGAAGGAUCCAGUAUUCUUUAGGAUCGGGACUUGCGGUGGAAUCGGCCUUGAAGGCGGUACAGUCGUAAUUUCCGAGGAAGCAGUCGAUGGAAUGCUGAAACCAUACUUGGAACUGCCUGUGCUCGGUAAACUGUUAAGAAGACCUGCAAAGCUUGAUCGGCAGUUAGCUCGCGACUUGAAGGCUCUGGCGCACCGAGAUGAUCCUUACGACACUGUGAUCGGUAAAACCAUGUGCACUUAUGACUUCUACGAAGGACAAGGCCGGCUGGACGGCGCGUUUUGCGAGUUUUCAGAAAACGACCGAAUGGAGUAUUUGGAGAAACUGCACAAGUCUGGAGUAAUAAAUAUAGAGAUGGAAAGUCUCUCGUUUGCGGCUCUCACGCAUCAUGCUGGCAUCAAGUCAGCUGUUGUCUGCGUGACGCUGCUGGACCGAUUUAGGGGCGAUCAGGUGCUGGCACCAAAGGAAGUCCUGGAUGAGUGGCAAAUGAGACCACAACAGUUGAUCGCUCGUUACAUAACCAGAUACCUUCAACGAAAAGGCCGCCUCUCCCUCGAAGGCCAUGGAUCGAUGUGUGUCAAGAGUCCACGUCGGUUCAAGCUGGUGCAACAGGAAUCGGAGAACUACGAUUAAAUUUACGAUACGCCGAAUACAGAAUCGCAAGGAAGCCCCCUACGAGUCUUGAUAGCGAAAGAAUGUGCGCUGUGCGUCAGAAUACGACGAAAUCCUAUUUACGGAUUUGUAUCGAUGAUUAGCUCACGGAACGGACCUCAUUUUAUUUGUUUAUUUACAUUGUAGUCACGUGAAUUAUAUCGUGAUUAGUCCUGAUGGUUAUAUGUUUCAAAAAGACUUAGGUAUCCUUACUAUUGCAAAUAUUUAAUCGCGGUCUACUCGUUAGAAGUCAAGGCACACGUAUGCAUUUGUGGUACCGCGGACAAGUGUUUUGAAAUCAGUUGCACAAGGUAAAGUAAGAAAGAAGUUUUAUUAUUUUUUUUUCCGCGAAAAAUGAUUGUUAUUUCGCAUAUAUGUAAAGAGUAAUUCUUUUCAAAGAGGCUACAAACAUUUAAUUUAAUUUAUCAUAUAAAUUAUAAGCGUGUUAAAACAUAAUGCUUGCUUCAUAUAUGUACAGUAAUAUAUUUAAUUUGGAAUAUGAUAUUAAAGUCUUAAGUGUAAUUUCGGUAUAUCUCAGAAAAUGAUUUCCAAUUAUUUAUUCGUUUGCUUUUGUAUAAUUUUGUUUCUAUAAAUUCUCGAGACUAUGUACCUAUGUGUCAUUAUAGUAUUUAUAAUAUCGAAGUUCCUCUUAUGUUUUAUAAUUAUUGCGAAAAGAAGCUCAAAGGAUUACAAACUUCACCCGUUUUAUCAUUACAAUGUGGUGAUCCAAGUACAAACCGGGCAACAUAUUUAAAAAUGCGACUAUCAGAGUGAGAUACAUUUUAAACGACCAUACUUGGCCACAUAUCUAUUACCCGUGUAUUUCUGGAAUAUCUUAUUUUAAACAGUAAUUGCAGUUAUAUACGAAGCGUUCGUAUAUUCUUCGACCAAAAACGACCGUCAUUAUCUAAAAAAUGAGAAUGUCAUGAAAUUCUCAAUAACUUUGUAUGCGAAGCGUUUUACAAUGGAUCUAUAAAUAAUCGAUCGUAGACCCGAGUUGCUCGCAAAUUGUGUUAAUUUCGUGAAACCAAGUACCGUUGAACUUCGUUUCAGGAAUGUAUGAAACUUAAUCGAUAAUAUUAAAAUUCUAUGUAUUGGUAGAGCUAAGUAGCCGAGUAGCACAUUCCAAGUAGUUUAAGUAAUAGCGUAUGCUUUUGUUUAGCCUUCGUUUAUGGUGUGAUUGGGAUUCGUGUACAUGUAUAACACGUAUAUUGCAACAAUCGUACGAAAUGCAUCUCAUAUCUAAAACCGAGAUUGGAUUACGAAUUUGCAAAGAAAAUAAUGAUGCGGCUAUGAUAUGGCGUUUACUCUUCUUCUCGAGCAUUCCAUUGUCCCAAAACUUUGUUUCAGUGCCAAAAAAAUACAUUUUGGAAAAUAAGUCGGCUCAGUACAAUCGACAGAAUGUUCUUAAUCCUAUCUCAACGUUAUAAGCCAUCACAGUUUUAUGGCCAAUAAAAUGUUAGAAAUUGUUGGUUAUAAACCAGUUACGUUACGAUUCCCUCUUCGUGAAGAAAACAAAGCUGGACGUGAUACUUUGUAAGAAAACUUAAGUAGACAAGUUAAAGUAGUUGACGUUAUUAAGCGGUUUUGGGCUUCAUUCGUAAGGAUUCCAUGUUAUAUAUAUAUUUUUAAACCGUGCGUUUUUGUAUCUUAAUACUGUUUGUUGGUUAAAUUGUAUGUCGACUCUUGUUACGGAAUAAAAGUAAGAACAGAAACCGAUUAAACUCUUGAUUAUCGGAUAUUGAAACACGACUUUAAGCACAAUUCUAUAGUAUAAUAAUGCAUUGUUUAUUGCUUCUAUCGAAACGAGAUAUCUUACUUAUUUCCUGAAAACAAGAGUUUAUCAUAACGUUGUCGUAGUAUUACAUAACUUUUAUUGAUUACGGAAAUACAUAUGCUGUAAAUUUUUGUUACUCGAAUUACUAGAAAACGUUGAAUCGUAACGAUUUAUUCACGCUCUUCGACGUAAUGGAACAGCGAACACGAGGCAUUAUUAUGUAAACAGUCUGACGUGGCUUAUCAAAUUUUUAAUUGUAUUUCCAGAAAUACUAUAUUCUGUAAAUGUGUUCAGAGAUAAACAUUGUACGCGGUUCGAACUGUUGAGCCAUAACACGUAUAUGUUGAAACGUUUGACAAAAGUUCAUUUUACACUCUUGCUAUUAACGUUUUGAAAAGGUGUAUGCAGUUUUUAUGUAAAUGCAAAAUAUUAAACGGCACGCGUGUCGAUCCUUAAACGCGAGAUUAUUUUUAACGAUUAAUAAAUGUGUAUCGAUCAUGGUACUCGUUUUUACAUGAAUUCAUUUAUCGUUGCACUAAGAAAGAUUCGAUCUUUCCACUUGAAUAAUUGUUAGUAACCAGCUAGUAAAACAGUAAUAAUAUGGAAAGGAUUGUAAGUUACUUGCGAGGUAUUUUUGUGCUGAAAUGAUAUCACGUGCUUGUAUAUCGAUGUUUGACAUAUGACAUACCUAUCACGCGGAACGCACAAUUGGCUGUUUAAUGUUUAUUAUAUAACAUUGCAUAAAAGUUCAUGGUAAUUGUUAACAAACGUUGUUGGUGUUAUAAUGAUAGUUCAGCCUUGAAGUUCCGCGCGACGGUUCUUCGGUAUAUUAAUUAUAUUUUUGUGACUACCAAUUCCCGUGUUGUAUCGUGUUUACCGUAGUGUAGCUCAGGCAUGUUCACGCUAAUUCUAAGAUCUGAAGUUUAGGCAACUCCCCCAAUUCUGUCUGGUUAUAUCGCGUUUUGCGAUACAUAUUGCAGAUGGUCUAAACGUUUAAAUAGAAAUUACCAAUAACGAAUGAAAUUAAACAGCUUUUCAUCUGUUGAGCGUUAAAUAAAAUUCAGAAUUUCAAUUAUACAUUUAAUUAUAAUUAAAUGUAUUCAAUUCAUUUCAAUUACACGUUACAUCAAUCAAGUACAAAAUUUAUUUGUAUAUGCGUUCGAUCGAAUAAAUUGGUAUACCGUGUUUUUAUUUUGCUAUUUAUUAUUAACGAAAGUUGGUCCAUCUCUGAUUUCUUCAUUUCUGGACAAUGACACGUGAAAGGAAAACGCAAUUCGCGCGAGGAACUCCACUAGCGAGCAUGCCUGCUGUAGCUAGUAACAUUAUACAGUUGUACGAUACUCCUUCGUUGAAGUUGUUGAAAGCCAAGUGUAAAAUUACCUCCAAAAAUUUACAUUCUCUUCGAAGAAUGAGUCGCAGAACUUGAAAUCGAGUCUGUUUCAAAAUUUACUCUCGUUCGGUCGUACCUUUUAAAUGAUCGCUAAAACUAUCAGCCUAACUUAAAUUAAUCGAGGUAAAAUAUAAAAUCACAUCCAAUAUAACGUUUAGGUCUGUAAGAAAAGGGACGAAGCUUAUCGCUUUUUGACAUUCGAAUCGAUUUCAAUCUUCUGAGAACAGCCUAAACUAUACAGAUACGUAAUUUAAGAAUAAUCAAACUUGCAGAGUUCAAAUUAUCGUUACGUUCGAUAGCGCAAAAAUGUUAUUUAUGAUAAAGAUCGAGUAUGUUCUUUUGAUUUGUACGACAUCGUUUCGCGCAGGAAAAUUAAAUUAAGUACUCGUAAUUUUUAAAGGGACGGAUCAGAUCGAUCGAGUAGUAUGUACCAAGCCUUUUCGAUUUGCCUACUUUAGAAUUAGUAGAUAAGCUGUUCAGUUUAUGACGUUAUCCUUACAUUUUUAUUUUCUAUAAACAACGACAUAUCUGUGAUGCGUAUUAAGAAAUUACGAGAAGUAUUACAAGGAGAACCAAAUAUUGUUAUACAUACAAACGUACAUGUAUUCAAUUUUAAUGACUCUUCUCGGUUAUAUAUACAUGCCUAUGUCGACGAAUCGUCGAUAUUUAUUACCUAUUUAUUGAUAUCGAACUAUUCCAUAAAAUUCUUCACCGUUAAUCUAUAUCCUUUAAAUUAUCUAAUUACUAUUUAACCAAUGCAACAUCGACGAGAACGAUGUUUAGCGAAUGUUCACCAAUAUUAUUCAGCUAUCGCUGUGCUCUCACUGUGAACCUAUUUAUUUAUAUGCAACACUAUUUAUGAAAUACGUAAUCUGUCUCUUCAGAAAUCGUUUACUGUAACAGAUGGAUUAUGUAUAAUGUUACUUAUUGUGCACUAUGUUUUAAAAGGACAAUAAAAAGGGAAUUAAUACCAUG